AUAUGGGAAAGCAAAACGACCAAAAGGAGUGAUGAUCAUCAAUCUUGUGAGAAGUCUGGAUUCACGCACCUCAGGACAUCCAAUUGGGGACAGCACACCAACUACUGAGAUCAGACUUCCCUCCACUUAAUACCCCCAUUUACCUGGACUAAAGCCAGUCUCUGUUAACCACGAAUGGCUACCCAGAAGAAACACUUGGUGAAAGAUUUCAAUCCUUACAUCACCUGCUAUAUUUGUAAAGGGUAUCUCAUCAAGCCGACCACAGUGACAGAAUGUCUCCACACCUUCUGUAAGACUUGUAUUGUUCAACACUUUGAAGAUAGCAAUGAUUGCCCAAGAUGUGGCAACCAAGUUCAUGAGACAAAUCCAUUAGAAAUGUUGAGGUUGGAUAAUACAUUAGAAGAAAUUAUAUUUAAGCUGGUUCCUGGACUACGAGAACAAGAACUUGAGCGUGAAUCCGAAUUUUGGAAGAAAAAUAAGCCUCAAGAAAAUGGACAAGAUGAUACUUCAAAGGUUGAAAAACCGAAAGAAGAUGAAGAAGGUGAUGAAAAUCAAGAUGAUAAAGACUAUCACCGAAGUGACCCACAGAUUGCUAUAUGUCUAGAUUGUUUACGUAAUAAUGGACAGUCGGGGGACAAUGUAGUGAAGGGCUUAAUGAAGAAAUUCAUCCGAUGUUCUACACGUGUUACUGUGGGAACCAUUAAAAAAUUUCUAAGUUUAAAACUAAAACUUCCAAGUUCUUAUGAGUUGGAUGUGCUGUGCAAUGGUGAAAUUAUGGGGAAGGAUCAUACUAUGGAAUUCAUCUAUAUGACGAGAUGGCGACUGAGAGGCGAAAACUUUCGGUGUCUGAACUGCUCAGCUUCGCAAGUCUGCCCUCAGGAUGGCCCUUUGUAUCAGUCAUACCCCAUGGUAUUGCAGUAUCGACCACGAAUUGAUUUUGGUUAGAGACCAAGGGGCCCACCAGCCACCAGGAUGAAUCCUGCACUCUUUGUUUACUCGUCGACAAAUUGCACAAUGACCAGUGUGUGGACUAGAGGAACACAACCAGAUUUUCAGCAUGCAAAUAAGGCCAUUGUACGUCUCUAAACUGUCACCUGCAUCUCUGUUGUUUCUAUUACGAGCAAACCAAGUGCCAUUCUGC